AUGAAUAUCCUGUCGCUGGUUUUUCUGCUUUUCAUUGCCGGCUGUGCCCUGGCCAAGAAUAUCAGCAUUGAUCAGCAUGGACAACGGGUGUAUAGGGAUCAGGUGGAAGACGACAAGUGCCACUAUCACUGCACGGAGAGGGAUCCUUCCGUCUGCGCCACCAACGGACAGUGCCUGCUAAAGUUUGAGAGCCGCUGCAGCAUGGCCGCCUACAACUGCCGCAAUCCCCAGAAGCACUUCAGCAUUGUGGAAGAUCACCGCUGCACGAAGGACUGGGAGCCCAGGUGCCUGGAGUCGGAUCUCAGAGAGUUUGGAUUGUAG